UCUCUCUCUCUCUCUCUCUCUCUAUAUAUAUAUAUAUGUGUGUAUAACUAGCAAGUAAUGUGAAUUUAUAUACAUUUGAAUAUCUUGUAGAUUUUUGAAUAAAAUUUAUGAUUAUAGAAAAAAUUCAGUUGAGGACAAUUCGAUUGAUCCCUUUAUAUUGAGUGUUUACAUGAAUUCGAUAAAAUAUAUAUAUAUAUAUUUGAAUGUAUGGUUUGGCAACAAUGUGUUUGAAUGAUUUAGAGUAUAAUCUAGUCUUUUGAAGAACAUCAAUAAAGGUACAUUGAAGAAACCAAAAGAGAAAGAAAAAACCUAUCGAGUAUAUUUUAUUUGAUUAUACUUUUUUCAUUGUUAUUAUUGAUUUUUUGUUUGAGUUCCGAUAAUUUAUUAUGAUGUCACAGUCCAGUUCUGGUUGAUAAGACAGCCGAAUCACUGACCGCUUGAUAAUUGAUAUAUUGUUUAUUUUGUAUAAUUUUCUCAUUCUUGAGAAACUAACUCCGAGGUAAUAACAAGCAUUUUUCACUUGAAAUUGUUUCAAUUAAAAGUAAAAAUAAACGUUUGUUUUGGUAGAUUAAAGAUAAAUAUUUUUGAAGUUGAUGAAAUGAGAAGAUAUAAAAUUAUAGCCUUCAUGAUGAUUUGGAAGGUUUCUUAAUAGGAGAGUUAGAUAAAUUAGAUAAAGGAAUGUAAGGAUUGUAAGGAUUGUAAAGCAAUAGUAGGAGAGAUUGAGAGAGUCUAACUAUGCAACACAGGUAAUGAUAUUAUACGUAGGUAUUAGGAGAUGGAAGAGGAAGUGUAGGGGAAGAAGGCACCCAUGAAUUAGAUAUUACAUGUUAUUCUUUGCAUGUAAAAUAACAAGACAGUAUUGUUACUUCAUCUAUGUAUUGUCAGGAAUGUAUGGAAAGGUAUACAAAACUCAAAGUUCCAAUGCUCAAGAGAAGGUUAAAUACAGAUAUGGACAAAUGGAAUGGACAGUUGCCUCUCCAAGGUCCUUGUAGAACAUGCAAGAAAGGGAAACAAAUCAGAUAGCAUUAUAAAAUCCGCAACAUAUGCUGCAGCAGUUGCAGUUUUAACUGAAAAUUUUGGGCUAGACUUGACUAAAGACCAUAUAAAAAAUCGUCUGAAGACAUGGAGGAAGCAGUAUGGGCUUUUGAAGGAGAUCCUUGCUCAAAAAGGUUUUAAAUGGAAUAGGGCUCGAAAGAUGGUAGUUGCAGAUGAUGCUGUGUGGAGUGACUAUAUAAAGAUCAACCCUGAUGCUAAGCAUUUUCAUGCAAAAUUCUUUGAAAAUUAUGAUGAGUUGUGUAUCAUUGUUGGCAAUGAUCAAGCAAUAGCAAGCUGUUCAGACAAUGGUGCUGAAAUUGAUGUAGACUUCAUGUCCGACAACGAGGGUGUGGAGUCUACAAUUGUACCUGAAAUCAGGAGUGAUGACAAGCAGGCAAAAAAUCUGAGGUGGACUGAAGAAAUGGACUGUUGCCUCGGUAAGAUUCUGGUGGAACAAAUGCAGAAGGGCUAUAAAAUAGACAAUUUACAACGUGAAGCAUACGGAAUAGCUCUUAUGGCUUUAAAAGAUAAGUUCAGGCCUGAUCUAAGUAAAGACCAUAUUAGGAAUCAGCUUAAGACUUGGAGGAAACAGUACGGGGUUUUGAAGGAACUCCUUUUUCAUACUGGGUUCAAAUGGAAUGCAGCACAAAAGGUGGUAGUCGGCUCUGAUUCAGUGUGGAGUGAUUAUAUCAAGACACAUCCGAAUGCAAGGCUAUAUCGAGGAAGGAUUGUUGAAAAUCUCGACAAUUUACAGAUUAUUUUUGGCAAUGACUCUGCAUUUGAAUUUAGUCCCAGAAAUAGUGAUGCCUUGUUGGGCUCGACCCCGGGCUACGAGGAUGUAGAGGCUACUGAUACUUUUCAGAUUCAGAGUAGCUGUACAAAAGAGCAGACUAGACACUUGAUAUGGACAAAAGAAAUGGACUGCUGCUCGGGCAAUAUUCUUGUAAAGCAAUAUAAAGAGGGAAAUAAAUUAGAUAGUAAUUUAAAGUCCAGGGUAUGUACAGAUGCUGUUACAGCUAUAAACAAAAAAUUUCACCUUGACCUGACUAAAGAUCACAUUAGAAAUAGGCUUAAAACUUGGAAGAAACAGUAUGGUAUUCUAAAAGAACUCCUUGAUCAGGAAGGAUUUACAUGGGAUGAGACAAGAAAGAUGGUUGUUGCUGAUGAUUCAGCAUGGGAUGACUACAUCAAGACACACCGUGAUGCCCGGCCUUUUCGAGGAAGGGUUUGUGAGAACUAUGAUCACUUGUGCUUUAUCUUUGGCAACAAUUACACAAUGGGAAGCUAUUCAAGAACUGCUGAUGAUAUUGUGCAUAGUUUGGCUGGUGAUUCAGAUGGUAUGGAAGGUAUAUAUGUAUCACCACUUCGAUAUAGUGGAAGCAUGAAAGAUCAAGCCAAGACCAUACCUAACUGA